GAAAAGACCAAACAACCACCCAAGACGAGCCGUCGAAGCCAGAAAUCAAUGGCGGCAGAUAAUGAAAUUACGGACGCAGCAGAGCAAUACUUUGAGAACAGAUUGAUGUAUCUUGCAGCAGAGAAAGAAAAGGGAGAGAAUCCAUACCCACACAAGUUCUUAGUGUCCAUGUCAAUCUCGGAAUACAUUGAAAAGUAUAUUACCUUAAGCAAAGGAGACCUUGUUGAAGACGACCAAGUUUCUUUAGCCGGAAAGCAGUUCAGAAAUGAGGGUAUUGACUUGACACACAAUCCAGAGUUCACCACCUGCGAGUUCUAUAUGGCUUUCCCAGACUACAAUGACUUGAUGGAGAUGUCUGAGAAGUUGCUCAGUGGUAUGGUGAAGGAAUUAACAGGCGGCUAUAAAUUGAAAUACCACGCUAAUGGGUACGAUAAGGAGCCAAUUGAAAUCGACUUCACUCCUCCAUUCAGGAGGUUCGACAUGAUGGUAGAGUUAGAGAAGGUGACCAACCUUACUAUACCAAAAGAUUUGGCUAGCGAGGAAGCUAACAAGUAUCUGAUUGAUACAUGUGAGAGGUUUGAUGUCAGUUGCUCACCUCAUCAGACGACAGCUCGUUUGUUGGAUAAGGUAAUGAUAUGAU